AUGCUCCAUCAAAGCUCGCUAGUUAUCGAUGUGGUGACAACAGCAAGUGAUCUACGCAUGGGAGUUCCCUGUACGCUUGUCGACGAAACUCCACUCCAAGGUGGCUCACACAAAGUAUUUCGAAUCAUCUUUCAAGAUUCCGUUCAGUGGGCUGCGAGAACCUGCACCCGAGCAGAGGACUGGGAGUAUGAUUUGCGUUCUACUCGGAUCCUUCAACACAUCAAACAAUGCCACCCAGGAAUCAAGGCCCCGGAAGUCUUUUACAAGAAAGACCAUCCCGUUCUCUACUCAGAAUGGGUUAGCGGCAAUCCACUCGAGUCUUGGACCCUUCGUAUUCCUCUGAAGAAACGACAUGUAUUUCUUACCGAUUUCGCAGAAUUCCUUCUACAAAUAUGGACUACCCCACCUCCCGGUCAUGUUGUGGAGCAAGAUCAACACUACUCCGCUUGGCUUACGAGGAGCCUAGACCGAGGCCUACGACGUACCCUCAUCGGGACGGCUCGAUGGGGCGACGCUAUUGAUUAUUUGAUCAUGCGCUCUAUGAUCCCAGCCUAUUCUGCGGAAGUUGACCACUAUACAGGCCUCGGUCUAGCUCAUGGCGAUUUGAAUGCAGGAAACAUCAUGAAAGAUAACGAGUUCCAUUUAACAGGGUAA